AUGCCGUUUGCUCCGCCUCCGUUUGUCGCGCCGGUAAUAUCUCCGACCCUCUACCUCUGUUGUUACAUAUCUCCGUUCAGUCGUCUAACGGUUUUAUUGUUUAUAUUAUGUUCGAAUCGGCGCCAUCUUGUCCGCCGUGUGGUGAACUCGUCGCCGUUGUCUAACAGAGUCGGAGCGCUCCACAUCGAUCCCUUUCCCGAGCAUUUCCUACGCAGCAACGACAAAAAGCUAUUUGCUGCCGUGAAAAAACUACUGAGUGAUGCCGAGUGGGAAACACUAUGCGACUCGCGAGUUGGUGUCUUCUGCAAGUUUCACGACCUCAAAUUCGAGUGGUCUUCGAAGUUGGUUCACACGAUGCUCUCAUAUCAGUUAGAGUGCAAGAAGAAGUAUGAGAUCUGGAGUGCGGUUGCGGAUAGCCCAAUUAGAUUUUCUCAUGAGUUUGAACAUCUCACCGGCCUCAACUGCGACUAUGUGGAGGAUCUUGGUGACCCCAAGUGCAAGGUUACUUUAGAUAUGAGAGCAUUCUGGGAGAAGCUCGGAGUAGGUGUUGAGCUUGGUCCGAGUCAAGUGGAGCUCAUUCGUGCAUGCGAAUGGGCAACAGACUGGCCGAAAUGA